UCCGCCCAGUACCAGCGCCUCCAAACAUCCACACAGGGCAGGAACAUCCUCAGAAGUCUUCAUUUCGACAUAUCCAACAUGCCUGACAUCCCGCCACUGGAACCACCAUGGGACAGUGUGCCAAGAAUAGAGAUCAGGCCAAUACCAAAGAACAUGCACCGCAUCGAGAACAAGGCCCGGCGGGAACACCGCACAUUCCACCUUUCACAUAACACUACCACCACAUACUACUACACGGACGCCAGCUACAACAACGAGACAAAACUAGGCAACACAGCUGUUGUUGACCCAGAAUUCAAGAAGGCCCAUCACCACUCCAACGCCCCUACGUCAACAUCACUUGAGAUCCAGGCCAUCGCAGAAGCCAUCCAGCAGCACAAUGGUACCGACAACAUCACCAUACGCACAGAUAGUCAAAGCGCCAUACGCCACUUCAGACAGAACACGCUACCGGUUCACAUCAGAGCUGUACUAGUCAAGCAUAUGUACGAACACCCCAAACUCCACGUUUUCCUAGAGUGGAUACCAGGUCACCAAGGGAUCGAAGGGAACGCUCUAGCCCACGAGCUCGCCCGCGACCAUGCCCCCCGGGGCCCUCCGACUCCCUGGCCGCAGGACUACGACCCGUACGAUCAUAGAAAGAUCCUACACAAGGAGCGCACCCGUGCACUUAAAGAACAAUACUGA